UUACGAUACCAAAAACUAUGGUAUCUACAGAUAAUUAAGUAAGUUAUGUCUUGUUGCAAUAUUGAAAUAAAUAAUCUCAAUUAUAAAAAUGUUUUUUAGUCACCUGCCAAUUGAGAAAUGUUACAGUUCUAUAUGUCAUCAUUAAUGAGUCAUAAAUGUACCUAAUGGGGUAUUGAUGACUGAUUUUAGUAUAAAUAGGUAAUUGGAACAGUAUGUGACAUCAUUACACACUUUCUUGUCGUGAAAAUAACUUGAAGACAUCCGUCAACAUGUUGGUCUACGUUUGCGCCGGACUCAUGUUUGUUGCUGCCUGUCAGGCGCAAGCUGUGGCUGAAAGUAGUGCAGCUGUAGCCCCUGCUGCGAUGCGGAGUAGCAUGUGCAAAAGCAAAAAUGGUUACUACAAGGCGGAAGCCAGCUGUGACAGCUACGUAGAAUGCGUUCGGUAUAUGGCAGAAUCAAAGACCUGCCCAGACGGUCUCCACUUCAACCCUGCCGCCGUAUGGCCUGAGUACCCUUGUGCAUAUCCCUCGGACGUGCCUUGCGUAGGCCGUGAUGCCACCCAGCCAGCCCAACCCACCGCUGACUGCCCUCACCAGUUUGGUAUCUUUAAGUCCCCUCUCGCCAGCGCUGACAACUGUGGUCAAUACCGUCAGUGCGUAGGAGGUGUCGCGACUGAGAUGGUGUGCCCCGCUGGUCUCGCCUUCAACUCUGACUCCGGCCGUUGUGACUGGCCCGACAAUGUUCCCACCUGCAACACCAACGUGUUCCUUGGAUUUUCUUGCCCCAAUGGACCUGACGGCAACUACAAGUACCACGGCAACUGCUUCUACUUCUUCUCAUGCACCGGCGGUAACCCGAGGCUGCUGCAGUGCGACCAAGGUCUGGCCUUUGACGCCGCUUCAGGCCGCUGCGUAGAUGAAGACCGUGUCGACUGCAAAAUUGACUCCGUGCAGCCUUUUGCUAGUGCCCCACGGGCCCAACCGCUUUAAUUAAUUAAAUUAUGAUGUCUCUAUUUUUAUGAUAUUAAACUUUUUCCUAUCAA